AAUCCAGCCAGAUCCCUACUUAAAGAACACAAACUCCCAGCCAGAAACACUCUCUCUCUCUCUCUCUCUCACACACACUACUGAAACACUCUAUCUCACUCUCCCUACUUUCUGUGUCUGUGGAACCCAUCUGAAGAUCAGGAUGCUAUGUUGUAGAGUGUGUGUCCUGGCUGUGCUGUUAUCUCUCCUCAUCCUCACCCUCAUCCCCUCCACACAAUCAGCACAUUGCUGUCUGAAGUACACUCGGCGUCCAUUGCAAUGCCGACGGCUGAAAAAAUACACCCACCAGCCCAUUACUUCCUCCUGUGACAUCCACGCUGUCAUCUUCCACACUUGGAUGGACAAGUUUGUGUGUGCCGACCCCUCUCAAGCCUGGACCAAGAGGGUACAACGCUGCCUGCUCAAGCGCCAGGAGAAUAAUUCAAAACCGAAGAAAACUCUCUGAUCUCAUGACCUGGAGAUGAUGUGGAGAGGGUUUGGGUCUGGACAAAUGUACAGCUCUAUCUUUCAUUAUAGAACUAUUAUAGUAUAUAUAUAUAUAUAUGUAUGUGUGUGUGUGUGUGUGUUUGUGUGUGUGUUAUUUACCCUAUUUAUGCUUUACUAACAGCUACAUAUCUCAAUAUGCAUAGAGACACUGUUUCAGGAUGGUUCGUUUUUUAACCUGAGAUUUCCGUAUUCAUACAAAUCAUUUAAUAUCUGUCGUUAUUAUUGUUCAUCAUAUCUGUAUUGAUUCUGAAGGUGUUUGAGUUUCAUAUCAGUUUGUGUGUAACUCUAUGUAUCAAUGGUCUGUUUCAUAAACAGCAAGUGCAGUAUUCCUGAUAAACAUGAAAACAUCUGUUUUCACAUAGUACCACAAAAUAUUUUUGUGUUGUUUCAUAUCCUCUGUCCAAUUGGAGCCAGAGAAAACCUUUUUAAUUUUGGUGUAAGCUAAGAGCUAUGAAAUAGAUAAUAAAAUAUGUCUUUG